AUGACGGGCCGAGAGCAGCAGUCGUACGCGCCGUUCUCAUGCUUCGAGUGCAAAUCUCGCAAGGUCAAAUGCGACCGUAUAACGCCCAUAUGUAUCCGAUGCACCAAAGAUGGAGCUGAGUGUCGGUAUCCCACCGAGAGGAGGCGUCCCGUUCAGCAUCAGGCCAGAGUGUCGGCCAAGCCCAGGCUAAGGGAACUUGAAAUUCGACUGCAUGAACUAGAGGAUGAGCUGAAACGAAAGGAGGGGAGGACACCAAGCACCGAUGAAUCGGCGUCGGGGUUUGGACUCAUGCCCACAGGUCGUUUUGAGCAGCUCCCACCACAGGGUCUGGUCGAUAAGCUGACAAAUCUUUACUUUUCAACCCUGUGGCCCGAGAACCCCAUGGUCCACCCGGGACGCUAUCUUACCUCCCUGUAUCAGCCUCCACAUAUGCGGCCGCCCAUGUGUCUGCAGUACAUCAUCAUGGCAGGUGCAGCCAAUGUGUCGGUCGAGCACAAGAGCUUGGCCGAGCCGUUUUACCGCAGGUCCAGACGGUAUAUAGAAGCUGACGAGAUGGGAAACGAUGGCUACCAAGUAACGGUCGCCCACUGUCAAACAUGGGUGCUCAUCGGCGAGUUCGAGGCGCAGAACCUAUGGUUCUCGCGCGCCUCGAUGAGCACGGCCCGCGCAGUCAGGCUGUCGCAGCUCCUCGGGCUUCACGUCGUGGAUGCAGCGUCAGAGAUGAACCGGGCCAUCCCUAUGCCGGUGGACUGGUGCCAGGCCGAAGAGCGGCGACGGACUUUUUGGGCGACCUUUUUGUUUGACAGGGGGGCCAGCAUCACGGGCACGUGGCCGACGCUCAUCAAUGCCACCCGGAUCCAAACCCGCCUCCCUAGCUCCAACGAAGCCUUUAAGAAUGGCAUCGAGGAACCGUCAUUGAUGCUAGACCAAGCGCUCAACGACCAUUCUGGCAGACCCUGGCCCAUAUUCGCCUGUCGUGUGAUAGCGAUGCACCUCCUGAGCGAGUGUUUCGACGUCGGGGUGACGCAACGCAUGAACCCCAACGCUGCCGUGGGUGACGAGCUGGAGAGCAUGCUCUUCUGGAACCGAUACGAAAGCCUGAGUAGCAGCCUCGAAGCUGCCUUCUCUUCGCUACCGUACAACAUGAGGUGCCCCGAGAACGCUCACGACGCCAACGCCGUCUCUACAAGCAUGCUCCUCCACACGGCCACCAUAUCCAUCCAUUUUGCGGGAGGUGCCCGGGCCCUGACCGAGGGGAAGGCAUUGCCAGACUCCAGGAGGAAGGUUACCGAGGCUGCCCAGCAGAUUGUCACAACUGUCGCGCUGGCCACGGAUAUUGACGCCCGUUUCCGCAACCCCUUCUUUGUCUUUGCCGCCUACACGGCUGCCACUGUCUUCCACAAGGACUAUAUACAGUUUCGGGAAGCACAGAGCUUGCAGAAGCUCACGGCGCUCUUUGAUGUCAUGAUCUCAGCUGGAAUGAAGAACCCUGGUUUCCCAGCCUUGCUCGUAGUCCAGCUGGCGCGUGAGCUGGAGACAACGGCGGUUGACCCCUUGGCCAUGUCCAAGGUCCGACCGAUUAUCGAAUCAGGAGAUAUGAGUCAGCAGGCCCUGACUUUGGAUGGCAAUGAUUCUCACACAGUCGUCAUCUGUCCAGUGCGACACUAUCUGGAUAACAAGGACGGCAGUCUAAUGGAUGAAAGGACACCGAACGAUGACGAGGAUUUCAAUGCCGAAGCAAAUAUCGCAUGA